GAUAAUCUAGGACUCUAGACUUAGGAUGCGUUCCCACUGAACUCGUCACGCGUCGCGUUAUCCGAAUUGAACAAUCAAAACAUUCCAUUUUAUUGUGUAAUUUGCCGCACAAUUCUGGAUUUCACACAAAAAAAAGAUUAUUUUAUCUCUAGAAUGUCGAGUAACCUAAUUGAUACAUAGCGCAAGGAAUUGCGUGGCAAAUGAUGCAAUAAAAUGGGAUAUUUUGGUCGAUUAAUCAUGACGCUACGGACAACGCAACGCGUGACGCGUUCAGUGGGAACGCAUCCUUAAGGCUUUAUCAUAUUCUUUCUGAGCUUACUACUGAAUGCACCCUAAACUUUUUGUGUUUUCGAAAAUGACCAUUUCUAUUGCUCUGUAUAUUUUUCGUAAUACAUGGUGUUCACAUGGCGCCGAUUUAAGAAAAUGGAUCGUACAAACGUGGCGAGUCCGUUGGGAAGGACGUUAGCCUCCCCUAGGAAGAGAAUGUCGAUAAUUCAAUCACUGAAAAAAAAUAGUUCCACAACGAGCGUAUCAGGACGUACGAAUCAAUCUGUACAAGUGAUAUGCAGGACGCAGAGCCAUACAGUGGAAAGCUUUGGUUCUCCAUUGCCAGUCUUGGUUACCGAAGCAUUGACAUUUGUAGAUCGGAAUACAGCUGUCAGUGUUAAUGUAUCUGUGGAUGGCUGGGCCUGGCUUGUUCAUGGCCGCAAAUUACUUGUAUGGCAAUGUAAAGCCAAUAUUCACGAUCCCAAACAGAGAAGAACCUUUAAGACUCAGUGUCGUGAAUUGUUGCUGCCGCAAAGUGAUCUGGCUCAUAAAGCAGACUGCAUAGCAGUCUGGGUAACGCCUGGUCACCAGGUUCCUAGUUGCAUGGCAGUCUCGCCAGAAGGAGUAGUGCGUUUCUGGAUGAGUGUGGCGCACGAAGGAUCUUCCAUAGAGACUAGCGCUGAGCUUGCAGGACAAGAAGUAGAUUGUCUUAUACAUGUGCCAGGCCAUGGGUGUAUUCUAGCCACAACCACGUGUACGGUGGCGCUCUUACAGCCGCAGUUCAACAAUGGAAAGAACAAUAUUACAUGCCAGGUGCUUCGAACGAGUCAAGGAUGGCUCGGUGGCAUAGGUCGCAGAAUGACCUCCCUCAUUUUCGGAGCGAUACCACAAUCGCCCGUCACAGAAACGAAAUUGGUAAAGGUCACGUGCACGCCACUAGAUGAGAGAAGCUCAAGAGUUCUCAUUCUUGCCGGAUCUUCCCUGCAGUAUUGGUAUUUUUCUCAUAAUGAACAAGAGAAAAUGGAAUUCGACGAAGACAUCACUCAUAUCGUUCAGCAGGCGUUUCAAAGAAAAAUUUGGGAGUCGAGCCCUCAAAGUAUGAACACAUGGUUCGUCGAUAUGCAAACGUGCGAGGAAGGGAUAGUUCUUUUAAUGGCUGCCCAUUGCGCUGACAUUUCCAUACAAAUUCAUUUUGCGCUCGGAUUAUUGCCUCUGGUCGGUACAACACUAUCAAAUUCGUUUAAAUGGUUUAUACCAGUGAAAAUCGACCCGAUUUUAUUUUAUCACAAUGAUAUAGAGUCGAGGCUAGUUUCUUAUCAUUUCAUAUUGUACGGUUGGGAGGCGGUUAUAUACAAUCGACAUAACGUACUCGUAGUUAACACCGCGUCUGAGGUCGAGCAAGAUAAGAUCGAUCUAGUGAGGGGCGGCGAGGACGGUAUUCUUGGCGGUGCUAUAUGCUCAGCGACUCCGGUAUUGUUCACAAAAAGCGUCGGCCUCGUGUCCAUUAUGCCGGUGGACUUUCCGGUACAAGAUUUCAACACCGGAUACACAGACACCACCAUGAGUAUGGAUUACACCUAUAAAGUGAAUCAAUCGGCCCAGAACUUUUCCACUCUUAUAAGUAACGACGAGUUGCAGGAUAUGUUCUGCAGCUCCGACGCGGUCACUCAAUUACGUGCCGCCUUUCUCCUGAGCCUGCGACAGAAUAAGACGCAAUGCGAUGAGAUUCUCGCCCAGCUGUUCCCUCUGCAGGACCCGGUAAUGGACAUUGACGCCACCCUCGACAUCCUCGUUUUGAAAGUCGCGAAGGAUCUAAUCGAUGAUUUUCCGGCGAACGAUCCGAGAUGGGCUCAUCAUCGAGAUCUGUCAAUAACAGUGAACGCGGUCACCUCUAUGCAAAUACCGCAUCAACUCGAGGGUAAACAAAAGGCGUUAGAUCUCUUCAUAAUGUUCUUGAAGGAGCACAACUUGUGGAAUAGGUUUUGCACGGUUACGUGCAGGGGAAUCAUUAUGUCCACGUCCCACGUACUCGGUGAAUACGCAGAGAAAAUAGUUGCAGCGUUGACAUUGUACAGUCUGCAAAAUAGAUAUGCGGAGAUCGUAGACGCGGUUGUGGACGAAACGCUGAAUCAGAAAGAGACGUACGUGUCCGACGAGCUUACCGCGUGCGAUGUAUUCUACCGCGAGGUGAGCACGGUGCACCUAUUCCUGCCAAUCCUGGUGGAGAAAGCGUGCGAAGUUACGCAGUCCGAGAGACCCCUGCAACAAGUCGGGCAGUACAUCAUGCAGGUCAACACCAUUUUAUUGGCCGUAUUAUAUGAGGUAGUAAAGUACCGUCAGUACAACGCCGAACGCUUCGUCCCUGCCAAGUUUUCCAAUGAAAUAACGGAAUACCUCCCUUGGACGGCCGCGCCGGGUAAGCACGGCUUGAGGAGUUGCCUCAAUACGAUGCAGAGCAUCACGAUCAAGCAUGGUAUAACAGGAACCAGUGACUCCACCGUGAGGAACGAGCUGUAUGAGCAGCUAGUUAGUCUGAUCGAUUUAAUAUUGGACGGGAAAAAGUGUCACUUGGAAAGCAUUCGUGGCACAGAGAAGUUCGAGGUUCUCCUGAAGCAAUACGAGACAGAGCGCGCCAAUCUGAUACAACCGCUAAUAAAGGAGGAGCAAUAUGAUAACGCCGCGAUGCUCGCUGAAAAGUAUUGCGACUUUCCCUCACUCGUACAGAUCUGCGAGUUGACUGACAAUAAGAAUCGACUGGACGGAUACGUCGAAAAGUUUGCGGCGCAAGACUUUGCCGGCUUUUUAUUCUCUUGGUACGUGAAAGACGGGCGUCAAGGCCAACUGGUUGAGAGAUGCAGACGCGGCGGUACCGCGGAGCUAACGGAAAAGCUAUCGGAGCAUCCCACUCUGUCCUGGGUACAAGCCGCGCUGACUGAUGAUUUGCGAUUCGCCGCCAACACGCUUCACACCUUGGCGGUUCAGGAGUCCGAGCUAGUCACUCGUAAAAAGUCGAUGCUCUCGUUGGCAAAGCUGGCUCUACUCGCGUCUGACGAACCGGAGGAUAAGGUGAUAGAGUGCGUGAAAACGAUCGACAACGAAUUGACGCUCAUAGCUUAUCAAGAGGAUUUACCGACUCAGGUGCUCACAACGUAUGGCUAUGAUAUUAAGAAACUGCGAGUGCUCACGCCGAGAGAAUUAAUUAUGCUAUACACCUCGAGUGACAACGUCAUAGCCAAUGAGUAUGACUUCAAGAAGGCCCUUGAUUUGCUCGAUUACGUAGAACAUGAAGAGGAGAAGUCGUCGCUGAAAUUGCAAAUUUGGGCGCGGGCGGCUCGGCGAAAUCAGUGGGACAACGUGGAAAAGAAUCCCGAGCAACAAGUUCAGGAGACGCUAUUUUUCAAGUUGAUGGAUCUUACGUACUUUAUGGGUGGAAAAGUGGAUGAAUUUUUGCCGCAUAUCGAUAUGCUUUUGAAAGAAUCGGAACUCGGCGAACUUGCUGCUUCCAGUAAUUUUCAGUUUCUUAUAAAAUUGAUAUACGAAUAUGCUUAUCGAAGCUAUUGAUAUAUAAAAUAUUCGCAAGUACGACCUCAAUUAUAUUUUUGUACGCAAUAAAGGAAAGACAAAUUGUUGUAUGAAUGUGAAGUUGCAAAGCAACGAUAUUACUACUACACUACUACUACUAUUACUAUUACUAUUAUUGCUAUACUACUAGUAUUAUUAUUAUUAUUAUUAUUACUAUUACUAUUAUUAUACGAUGCAUUAGAAUUUCUCGUUGAAUUCAUAAUUAUUUAUAUUCAUUGCUGUGUUAAUUACUUUUAUCUGUGCUAUAAAUUGACGAAAAAAACUGAAUCUUUAAAAUAUAAUAUUAUUUAAGCUUUAAGUCGUUUUAACUUUAUUGAACAAGACCUUUUACAUGUUAAAUACAACUAAUUGUAAAUAUAAAUAAAAUGUUACAAAUAUA